UGUAUGAGUACGUGCGUGCGAGUGUGUCCCGAGAGCGCGUACGACGCGAGCCUGUACCUCGGUGUAUGUGUGUGUACGUUUGCGUAUGCGUGUGAGUGUGUGAGUGCGCGCGCGCGAGUGUGUCAGGUGUGUGUGUGAGUGCGUGUUUGGGCGUGUGUGUGUGUGUGUGUGUGUGAGUGAUUAGAGAGCGAUAGCAUCGUUCCGUGUGUUAUGUACGGUUUUCUCGCCACCGUGGUAUUAACUUGUGUGUGCAUGUGUGUGUGAGCGCCGCGCGAGCUUUUUGCCCAGGAGCGACUCGUCGCCGUCGUCGCCGCAGUUUCGCCGCAGUUGACUGUUUUUCGCGUACGCGUUUUUCACGCGCGCCGCCCGCCGUUGGUUUUUCUCUUUCGCGCCGCGUCCCCGUCGGACAUCAUUCGUGUGUGCCGACUGCUGACGCCGCCGCCGCCGUCGUCGUCGUGUUUAUUAUCCGGUCGGUCGGUCGCCCGCCCUCCCGACAACAACCGCGACGAUUGCCAUCGACACUACAUCCAUUGCGGCACUCACGUAUUGUGUUACUGUGUUAUAACAACAAACAAUAUAAUAUUAUAUUGCUUCGACAUAGGUUGCAAAUUCAAGAUGUCUGUUUGUUUUAUCGCAUAAGAUAAGAUAGCUUUAUAGUAUUACAACAACUAUUAUAAACAAUGAACCAUCUCAAUUAGUGAUUUAUUCUCGGAUUUAUCAAAUUUUAACAUUUUCAUAAUUUAUAUAAAAUUAAUUGUAUUGUAUGCAUAAUACUUAUUUCAAGUUAUUUACAAAGACUGUAGUGUGAUAUUAAAUCGAAUAAUAAUAUAUUAGUCACUACUCCGCAUACGGACAAUGUUCAUUAAAUAUGCUAGUUUGAUUGUAUCACAACAGAAUCAUAAAUAUCUACAAAACGGUGGACAAAAACCACACAGACGUUAUAUCGUUUCAAUACUCAAUAACGAUCCAAACAAGCUGUCUGCAUACUGGCCAAUAGUUGUUGGUUUAUACAGUUGUUAACUAAAACAAAAUUUUAUUUUUGAAAUAUAGUUAACAAAAUGCGAUUAUAUCAAACAAUAUUAAUGAAAUAGUAAUUGUAUACAUUAUUAUUACAUUGUGUUUCUGUCGUUUAAUUGACAAUAGUCACAGAAAAUUGAUUUGAGCUCUGAUCACGUGUAAACGAAAAAAAAGUUUUCGCAUUUGCUUAUAUAGAGCAUGUCAAACACGGCGGCUACUGCUUCUAGUGCUGGUAGUGCUGCUAGCGGUGGAACUACUGCAUCAACUGGUGCGGCCACAACAUUUGUCGACCGCAUCGACCCGUUUACAAAGAUAUCUGUGUUAAAACGCAAAACGAAGCGUUCACAGGGCUCAUCGUCUUCUUCUAGAUACCGUACGUGUUCAGACGUCGAAUUACAGCCUUUACCGUUGUUAAAGGAUGUAACUGCUCAGGAACAAGAAGAGUUAAUGAUAAGAAAACUCCGACAGUGUUCAGUGCCUUUUGAUUUUAUGGAUCCCAUGGCGGAACUCAAGGGCAAGGAAAUAAAGCGUGAUACACUUAACGAACUGGUUGAUUAUGUAUCAACAUCACGGGGUGUAUUGACAGAAAAUAUGUAUCCAGAAAUCAUUAAAAUGAUUUCUUCAAAUUUAUUCAGAACACUGCCACCCAGUGAUAAUCCAGAUUUUGAUCCUGAAGAAGAUGAUCCGACAUUGGAAGCAUCAUGGCCUCAUUUAACACUUGUUUAUGAAUUGUUUUUACGCUUUUUGGAAUCGCCUGACUUUCAACCAGCCAUUGGCAAGAAAGUCAUUGAUCAGAAAUUUGUCUUGCAGCUCCUUGAAUUAUUUGAUACGGAGGACCCACGGGAGAGAGACUUCCUCAAGACUGUGUUGCAUCGCAUUUAUGGAAAAUUCCUGGGCUUGCGUGCUUUUAUUCGCAAGCAAAUCAACAAUAUAUUUUUAAGGUUCAUUUAUGAAACGGAACAUUUCAAUGGUGUUGGUGAACUAUUAGAAAUACUAGGAAGCAUUAUCAAUGGGUUUGCACUCCCCUUGAAGAACGAACACAAGCAGUUCCUGGUUAAAGUGCUCAUACCUUUGCACAAAGUCAAAUGCUUAAGUCUGUACCAUGCACAAUUAGCUUAUUGUGUAGUUCAAUUUAUCGAAAAGGAUAGCUCUUUAACUGAAUCUGUCAUUCGAGGCCUACUCAAGUAUUGGCCGAAAACUUGUAGCCUAAAAGAGGUUAUGUUCCUCGGUGAGAUGGAAGAAAUACUCGAUGUUGUUGAACCAUUACAAUUUCAAAAAAUUGAAACUCAUCUAUUUAAACAAAUCGCUCGUUGCGUAUCCAGUGCUCAUUUUCAGGUGGCAGAACGAGCGUUAUAUUUGUGGAACAACGAAUACAUUAUGAGUCUGAUAGAAGAAAAUAACCAGACAAUCAUGCCAAUCAUGUUUCCAGCGUUAUACCGUAUCAGUAAGGAACAUUGGAAUCAAACCAUUGUGGCAUUAGUUUAUAAUGUACUGAAAACGUUCAUGGAAAUGAAUAGUCAACUUUUCGACGAAUUAACUGCUAAUUAUAAAGCAGAACGGCAAAAAGAGAAGAAAAAGGAAACUGAACGUGAAGAAUUGUGGAAACGAUUGGGACAGCUUGAAAUAUCAUCUAGCGGCCGUGGUAAACCAUCUGCAGCACUAAUAUCAGUAGAUAAUAACAACAAGACUAGUAGUAACAAUAGUUUGGAUUCUGUACAAACAGCAGUAACAACCGCAACAGCACCAAUAGCAGCGGCACCAAUAGCAGCAUCUCCAAUUGCAGCGCAGCAACAGUAGUAGGAGUGGUAGUAGCAACGAUAAUAAUUAUUUGUCAUUCAAUACACACAUGUGUCCAUGUGUAUGUAUAAUCUAUAUAUUUAUUUAUAUAUACAGACAUACACAUGUAUGCUUGUGUAUUAUAGUUGUAUACAAUUAAAGAUCAAAAACGUUAAGGUUUAAUGUGGUGGAAUUUUAAAAUAAUACAAUGAACGUACAAUGUUGUUAUCGGUGCGCACAUACUGCUGUGGUGUGUUUGUAUGUGUACAUUUUAUUUUCAAUAGUAUUUGUAUGGUAAUAUGUGAUUACAUAUGCUCCACAUUAAAAUUAUGUUCUACAAAAAAAUAAAUAUCAUUUGAGAGAAAGAAAUUAUGGAAAUGCUAAUUAUAAUAGAAUAUGACACACUUGAAUGUUCUAUGAAUAUUUAUUUUAUGUGUAUGAGAAUUUGAUGAGUGAAAUAUUGGUGAAAUUAAAUAUGUGAUGUAAAACAUGUUUACAUGCAUGUUCUUAUUUUUAUUAAAUGUAUAUUAUGUGAAUUGUUCGAUAUUAUGUACUCAAAAAUGUGAUGUUAUCAUUGCUAUUAUUCUAUUGAUUUGAUAUAAUCACAAUAACAAUCAACACACGUGUAAACGCGUAUAACUAAUGCAAAAUGUGGCGUUAUAAAAAUUUUAAUUUUCUAAUUUUUAAUGUAAAUUAAAUUAGAUUUAACCCUCUCCCCCUGUGUAAGCGUGUGCGUGUGUAAAUAAUAUUAGAUUAAUUAAAUAUUAAAAAUUGUUAUUUUUUAAUAAUUAUAUAUAUAAUAUAUAAUGUAAACAUUCUUAACUGUUAGCAAUAGUAGUAGUAGUGGUAGUAGUAGUAGUAGUAGCAGUAGUAAUAAUAAUAAUAGUAGUAGUGGUAUUAUUAGUAGGAGUUUAACAAUAUUAUUUAAUAACAAAAUACAUAAAGUAACUAAUCUCACACAUACUGAUCUGUAAAUAAUUUAAUAAUUGAAAAAUCAUUGAUCAGAUAUUUUUUUUGGACAAUGGUAUUGCAUCAUUUUUUUCAUGAUAUUACGAUUAUGAUUACUGAUGUCCUUUGUGGCUCCACUGAUGCUACUCAUAAUUUUUUUUUCUACUGUCUUAUGAUAUGAUUUUUAUAAUUGUUUUAAAGUUAAAUAUGUUUUAACAGUGUCGUUGCUGAUGCCCUAACCUUAACUAUUAGCUACUACACAUAGGCUACUGCUACUACUACUACUACUGCUUCAACUACAACUAUUACUACUACUAU